AUGGCAGCCAACAGCUCUGGUGGGAUGCAGGAUGCUCAUCUGGACAGCAGCUUGGCCAGCACUGAUGACCUCGCUUCUGACUGGUACAUCUAUGAAACCAUGGAACCAGCCGUGCCACAGGAUGACAUAUUUCCCAGUGUAAUCCCAGACUGUGACCCCACCAUUUCUCCCAGACUGUAUCACAUCUGCAUGGCACCCAUCUCUCUGGCCGUGCUCCUGGGCUUGUCCUUGCUGGUGAAGCGCAGGUGUCUCCACCAGAGCUGCUGGAAUGGUGUCCCAGGACUGCUCAGCCCAGCCAACUUCCUGGAGGAGGAAGGCAACCGCGGGCUGGUGGCUGCAGUGUUCGGCAUCCUCUUCUCCUCCCUGUGCGUGCUGGUCUUGGACACUGACCCUCUGCCGCUCAUCACCCACUCCUCCCAGAGCACACGGGAGUACUGGAAGAUCCUGGCUUUGCUUUACUACCCUGCCUUCUACUACCCCCUGAUGGCCUGUGCCACUGUCCGGCACAAGGCCAGCUACCUCAUGGGCUGCCUGCUCUCCUGGUGCCACUGUGUGGUCCACAUCUGGCAGAAGGUGGAUUGUCCCCAGUCACCAAAGAUAUACAGGUACUACUCCACACUCUCUUACAUCCCCAUCAUCCUCUGCCUUGUGCUCUUAAGCCUUUGGUAUCCAGCCCUGCUCAUCAAGAGCUUCACCGGGCAGAAAGAGACCUUGGAUAAGGAGGUGCCUGGAGGAGGUUAUUACAAGAAGUACCUGAAAGCUGUCCUGUCCAAACGCCCUCCCAAGGGGAGCUCCGCAAAGCUUGAGGAGAGCCUCCUGUCCAGGCUGCAGAUGUACUUACGCUCCUACAUCUACGCUCCCGAGGAAGGUUUCAGGAUCCCGUUGAAGCUCAUCCUGUCCAUAACCACAGCCAUGAUCGCUGUCUACCAGGUCGCCCUCCUGCUCCUGGUAGCCGUCAUCCCCACCAUCCAGAUCAUCCGGGCAGGAAUGACGAAGGACAUUGUGGUGCUGUUGGUCCAGUUUGGCUUGGUGCCCUCGGAGAGCCCUGCUGUCCCCGGUGACAUGGAGAAGGAGCUCAGGACUGUCAAGUACUACCUGUGGUCACUGGAAGUGUGCUACAUCUGCUCGCUGGUGCUGUGCUGCCUGCUGACCUGCACCAUGCUCCUGAGGACGCUGGUGAUGCACAGGAGCAACCUGAAGGCUCUCUACCAAGGAGCAGUGCUGGAUGUCUUCUACAAAGCCCAUAUCCUCCGCCCAUCCCGACAAGCCAUCGUCUGCUGGAUGAGCUUUGCCAGCUUCCAGACAGCUUUCGCCUGCCUGGGUCUCCUCAUCCAGCAAGUGAUCUUCUUCAUCUGCUCUGUGGGGUUCACCUUCCUCUUCGUCAUCCCCCUCCAGUCGGGCACUGACAGUUACCUCUUCAGGAUCAUUCAGAACAUGUGGCCCUUCUGGUUGACCCUGGUGGUUGCUGUCAUCGUGCAGAACCUGGCAGCUCACUACCAGUUCCUGGAGCAGCAUCCCCUCCGGAAGGAGCUCACCAACAGGCGAGCUCUGUACAUAGCCACCUACCUGCUCUUCCCCAUCAACGUGCUGGUGGGCGUCCUGGCUGGGCUCUGGAGGAUGCUCAUAUCCGGCCUUUAUAACUCCAUCCAUUUCUGCCAGUUGGACAUCAGCCUGCUGAACCGGGGUGUGGAGACCUUUGACCCAGGCUACCACACUUACUGCCACUAUCUGAAGAUUGAGGUCAGCCAGUCCCACCCGGUGAUGAAAGCCUUCUGCUUGCUGCUUCUCCAGCUGGCCAGGCCCGAGGGGCCAUCGGGGCUCCGGGCCAGCAAUGUGGAAGAAGGCAUCCAGCUGAUGCAGCACAAGCAGGCGCCUCUGAGCAGAGCCCGGUUCAAGCAGAGCCGAGCCCGCUGGUGGUUGGCUUACACCCUCCUCCACAACCCCUCGCUGACUGCCUGCAGGAAAACCGCCCUCUGCGACCCCACAGCCAACGGCACCCAGCUCAGCACCCCCGAGCCCUGA